UCUGUUGGCUCAGGGGAAAUUUGAGAUCACGAACAUGGACAUGAGGCUGGGGACGACUUUGAGGAUCAAGGGCAAGAUCGCCAGUGAUGCUGAUAGCUUUGUGAUUAAUCUGGGCCAGGGGACAGAUAAGCUGAACCUGCAUUUCAACCCACGCUUCCGUGAAUCCACCAUCAUCUGCAACUCACGGGAUGGCAACAGCUGGGGGAAGGAGCAACGGGAAAAUCACAUAUGCUUCAGCGCAGGGUCAGAGGUCAAGUUCAUCGUGACCUUUGAGAAUGGAUUCAAAGUGAAGCUGCCAGACUGGCACCUGUUGACCUUUCCCAGUAGGCUGGGCCACAGCCACGUGAGCUACCUGAGGAUGCAGGGUGCGUUCAGCCUCUCCUCCUUCAAGCUUGAAUGA